ACACUACAUGGGAAAAUCAGACUGUAGCUGUGUCGGAUCAUUCUGGAACUUCUGCUGAUAUGACACCCGUGGAAGAUGAAUAUAGCUCACACGAGGCAAAGAUCGGUACCGUCGAUUUGUUUAAUGUACCAAUAGUGUGUCUCCACAUAGAAAACAAAGAACGCCUCUGUCUAGCACAGAUUUCUAACACCCUCCUCAGGGACUUCAGCUACAAUGAGAUUCACAAUCGCCGGGUAGCGCUUGGUAUAACAUGUUUGCAGUGUACACCAGUUCAACUAGAGAUUCUUCGUCGCACUGGUGCCAUGCCAGUAUCGUCCAGACGAUGUGGACUCAUCACUAAAAGAGAAGCAGAGCGACUUGUCAAGUCCUUUUUGGAGGAAAUUCCUCCUCCUAGACUCCCUGACAACUUCUCUUUCAACGUGUAUCACAGCUGUGGAUGGGGAUGCCAGGGCCAGUUUAUCCCCUCCAGGUACAACAGUUCAAGAGCAAAAUGCAUCAAAUGCGCCUUUUGCAAUGCUUUUUUUUCCCCAAACAAAUUCAUCUUUCAUUACCACAAGUCUCCGACUUCCACAUAUAGACAUCCUGAUGCUGCUAAUUUUAAUUCUUGGAGACGUCAUUUGCUUCUAACCGAUCCGAAUCCUUCCGAAAAACUCAUGCACUCGUGGGAAGAUGUGAAGUCAAUGUUCAACGGUGGAUGCCGUAAGAAAAUGUCAACAUGUAGCACGAAAAUCCCUACCAACUCUGUAAAGCCUUUCAAGAUCGAUCAAAGCUACAGUUCCUCUCCUCUAUCUUCUAUGGUACAUUAUGAGGUGGCGAACCCCGGUUCCAUAAAGGUUCCAGAGAGAACGCAUCCUGCCUUUAACCUCAGCAGUCAAAGUGCCACAGCGAGUAUUGGGACAUAUGGGGAGAUGCUACGGUCAUUCAGUAUGCAAUACAAUCCGUGGUGGAAGCCUUGGUACCUACCAAACAACCAUAUAUCACCAAUUGACAGCAGCAAUUCAAUGCUACCAUUCAACAUACAAGAGGCCCGUGGUGAUGUUUAUCCAAAUAUGGAUGACCUCAAAGGUAGGAAACAGAAAUCACUAACCUCUCCUAUUGAAUUAGAGACAAAGAGCGUAUGUGCCUCGGAGAAACGAUCUACAAACACUGAUGGAUUCAACAUAGCAUCUAUCAUAGGCAACAAGAAAACACAAUCAACCACACGUUUCACCAAGAGAUGA